ACGGGUACUGCGACAGGGGCUCACAGAAGGUUCGGGAUUCGGUGUGGUUCGCUUGCUUAUUUAGAGAAAGAAAUACACACAGGGCCUACACAAUGAGAGAAAUCGUACAUCUGCAAGCUGGCCAGUGCGGUAACCAGAUAGGAGCUAAGUUCUGGGAAGUCAUCAGUGAUGAACAUGGCAUUGAUCCAACAGGAAGCUACCAUGGAGAUAGUGACCUGCAGCUUGAAAGGAUUAGUGUAUACUACAAUGAGGCAUCAGGUGGGAAGUAUGUUCCAAGAGCUAUUCUUGUGGACUUAGAGCCAGGAACCAUGGACUCUGUCCGCUCAGGUCCCUUCGGACAGAUCUUCCGACCAGAUAACUUUGUUUUUGGCCAGAGUGGUGCUGGAAACAAUUGGGCUAAAGGUCACUAUACUGAGGGAGCAGAACUGGUAGACUCUGUCAUGGAUGUGGUGAGAAAGGAAUCUGAAAGUUGUGACUGUCUGCAGGGCUUUCAACUCACUCAUUCACUGGGUGGGGGAACAGGCUCUGGCAUGGGAACUCUGCUUAUUAGCAAAAUCAGGGAAGAGUACCCAGAUCGCAUUAUGAACACCUUCAGUGUAGUACCAUCCCCUAAGGUAUCUGAUACAGUGGUUGAACCAUAUAAUGCAACACUCUCUGUGCACCAGCUGGUGGAGAACACUGAUGAAACCUUCUGCAUAGACAACGAGGCCCUGUAUGACAUCUGCUUCCGUACACUUAAAUUGACCACCCCAACCUAUGGCGACCUUAACCACUUAGUCAGUGCCACAAUGAGUGGUGUCACUACUUGCCUCCGUUUCCCAGGGCAACUCAAUGCUGAUCUUCGCAAGCUAGCAGUCAACAUGGUCCCAUUCCCACGUCUUCACUUCUUCAUGCCAGGAUUUGCUCCACUAACCAGCCGUGGCAGCCAGCAAUACCGCUCCCUAACUGUGCCAGAGCUUACCCAACAGAUGUUUGAUUCAAAGAAUAUGAUGGCUGCCUGCGAUCCACGUCAUGGGCGCUAUCUUACUGUUGCUGCUAUUUUCCGAGGACGCAUGUCCAUGAAGGAGGUAGAUGAGCAGAUGAUGAAUGUCCAGAACAAGAACAGCAGCUACUUUGUGGAGUGGAUCCCAAACAAUGUCAAGACUGCUGUGUGUGACAUUCCUCCCCGUGGCCUCAAGAUGUCAGCAACAUUCAUUGGGAACAGCACAGCCAUCCAGGAGCUGUUCAAGCGUAUCUCUGAACAGUUCACAGCCAUGUUCCGCCGAAAGGCCUUCCUGCAUUGGUACACAGGAGAGGGAAUGGACGAGAUGGAAUUCACAGAGGCAGAGAGCAACAUGAAUGACCUGGUGUCAGAAUACCAGCAAUACCAGGAUGCCACAGCAGAAGAGGGAGAAUUUGAAGAGGAUGCAGAGGAAGAAAUUGCUUGAUUUUUCCAGAUGUCAAUUUAACCCUUCCAUCGUAAUUUAACCCCACCCUUUCUCCUGUAACACAUCUAAGUCACGGAAUAGGAAAACAUGAGACUAAAUGGUAUUCUCAGCCUCUGAUCUCUUAAAUAAUCAAGAGAAAUGCCUACAAGCUAGCUUCAUAAUUCUCCUUCACUGCACAGGUUUUCCACUUGCAUCCAAGAACAGCUGUUUUCAAAUUUGGAUUGUGUCUGAAUCCAAAAAAAUUGUUAAAUCAUGCAAAUGUAUACUUUAAUAAAUUCAUCACAGAAGUUAAGAUUGUUAUACCUUGUAACUGUUACACACUAUACAUAUUAAGUGUUUAUGGUUUCUAAGUUUAAUAAUUUGAUCCAUAUUAAAAGGUAUUUACUAUUAAUACAGUAUGGUUUUUAUCUUCUGUCUAGGUGUCCCCAUUUAAACUACCUAUUUUAGUAGAGACCUCCAGUGGAAGGUACCACAUACUAGGCAGACUUUUUUGGAUAUCUUGAGGGAACACUACAUUAUAGUACAUUCUUUUCUUACCACUUAAAAGGAUGCUCUUCAAACUGUAUCCCUGCCCAUUUCGAGGCUCCUCUUUCCCUCUCUCUAUACAGACACUGCUGUUUAUCCUCCCAUAGCCCAUUUGUCCUUUGUGCCCUAGCACUGGAGGGGUUAAUAGUACUUCCCAUGUCACAUUGCUAACAAUGUUGUGUCAUCAGGGUACAGGCUUGUGCAUGACUAGCCCUCAUAUUGUUUUUUUUACUUGACUCCUAAAGCUGAGUCAUCUACAUAUCACUCGGCAACUAAUUAAACCAAAAUUGGUAUCCAUAUUGGCAGUCUGGCUUGCCCUGUUACAUAAGGAGGGUGGAAUUUCAGCUGUGGCUUUUUUACAAAGGAACACAAGGUACAACUAGGUCUCCUUUGGAAAACUGCCUCCUGUCAUUGCAUUUUCUUUACCUUUUUGUUGUGUAUAGUUUGGUUCUGUGACAUACAUGUGUGAUUGUGAAGUUGUGACCUAAAACAUUGGACCCAUUGUACACGAUGGAAGCACUUACCAAGCAAUGUUAUCAUGUCUGGAUACUACUGAAUAAAAGCUUGUGCUCAAACUA